AUGGAGAUGUUGGAACAGAAAGCAAACAGCAGCAGCCUUGGCCAAGAGCAAAGGGCGAGUGAGUCUUUGAUGAGAACAGUUGUGCCCAUCCUGGAUGGACUAAUUCUGGUGACAGGCCUGUUGGGUCAAACCCUGGUCAUUACCAUUCUUAAUGGCAGGAGGAGGAAGAAAAGUAAACCCCCACAUGGUACGGACACUCUGCUGCUGGCUCUGAGUGCUGCAGACCUGCUGCUGCUGCUCUGCCUGCCCUUCCACACCUCUGCCAUCACCCUGGGCUUCUGGCCUUUCGGCAGCUUCAUGUGCAAGACCAUCAGCUUCCUGGGUGUGGCCUGCUCAUCCGCUUCAGUCUUUACCCUGGCGGCUUUGGCUGUGACACGUUACCUGACAGUGGUACACCCCACCUGGACAUACCGAUCGAGAAUGCAUCGACGCAUUAAGCUGACUGUAGCUCUGCUCUGGGUACCUGCCUCCGCCUUGGCAGCACCGCAGUUUGCCUUCCGCACAGUUACCGUCUCUAGCGCAGUAUACUGUUUUGCCUUCCUGUCUGACUUCAGUCAGCUAGUCUAUAGCAUCGCCCUCUUCCUCUUCGGCUUCGCUCUACCACUGGGAAUCAUUGUACUGAUGUAUGCCAAGAUCUACUGUUUUCUUCGACAUGCACGGCUGCUGGGGAAUGCUCCCCAGCUGGAGCGCUACCAGAGCCAGGUCACACACACUUCAGCUCUCCUGGUCCUGGUCUUCACUCUCCUCUGGCUGCCCUCCUACGCCCUCAUGUUCUCCUUCCUUGGAGGAAGCCUAAUGGGCACACCUGGCUACAAAACCAUUGCCAUCCUGGCCAGACUGUUGGCAUCAUCCGUAGCAGUAGUAAACCCUAUACUGUACGGGUUUAUGUCUCAGAAGUUUAGACAAGACUUGAUAGAACUUGGGAGAGAACGCAUGGCGACGUGCAGAAGCUGUCUGAUUGGUUGCCCUGAUGUAAUGGGCAGGGACAUGGUACAGCCCUUUGAGCUGGACACAACCUCAGAAAACGGCCAAAACUGA